AUGGUCAAAUGGAGAUUUCGUUCGAAUGCACUUCGACUUGAACCUACGACAAAAAGAAAACGAAAACGGGUGUCAUUAUUCGAAUGGAUUCAACUGAUUGUUGCUUUUGCCGUACCAGUUGCUAUUACCGUUUAUACUAUCGUACAAACGAACAACGAAAGUUCAAUAGCAGAAGAAAAUCGUCGACAAGAUUUUGAACUAGCCAACAAAACGCGACAGAACGAUUUGUUGAUAGCCGACAACCGCGAGAAAGAUACCAUCUUGAAUAACUAUCUGAAUUUUUUAACAAAGCUUCUUGAUAAGCAUGGUUACAAUCUACUCUAUGGAACUACAGCUCGUUCUAUUUUACAAUUAAAUACGUUAAUGGUUCUCGAACAAUUAGAUCCGAAACGAAAAUCUUAUUUAAUUCGUUCGUUUUACGAGAAUAAAUUGAUCACACAUGGUGAUGUUUAUACAGCAGUUAUUGAUUUAUCUUCUGCUAAUUUGAUUCAAUUAGAUUUGAAUAUACAUAUCUUGUUGGAAUUUUCUCGAUCUUCAUUCUUAUGUGUCAAUGCAGCUCAGAGUUUUCUUACUGGCUCUUCAUUUCGAAAUAUUGACUUAUCUGGGAGUUUUUUUCAACGUGCUUUAAUGAAUGCAGUCGAUCUGAGUUCAACAAUCAUUCGUAGAACACAUUGUGAUAAUAACCAAAGUGAAGCAUCGUUCUCUCAUACAUAUCUUCUCAAUGCUUCAUUUAAUAAAGCUUCUUAUGCAUAUGUUGAUUUUACUUCUGCAACGAUGGAUUCAACACAAUUGAGAGAAUUUCAAUGUAUUGGAUGUGACUUUACUGGUGUGUCUCUCGUUGGAACUGAUAUGAGCUAUGCUAAGUUCCAUUUAGAACCAGACUUAACUACUUUAUCAGAAAACAAUCGGAGAUCGAUCUUUGUCGGUGCCAAUUUAACUGACAGUAUUCUCUAUGAAAGCCAUUUUAAUGGUUCAUCAUUUGUCAAUGCCAGUUUGAUCAACUCCAAUAUGAGCCGAAUCAAAAUGAACAAUAUUGAUUUUUCUCGAGCGAAUCUUGCUAAUGUUAAUUUUACUCAUGGUCAAUGUCAUCGAUGUCUUUUCAUUGGUACAAAUUUGACCAACAUCGACUUCACAAAUGCAUCAUUAGACGAAAGUCAUUUCGACCAGGCGUUUGUCACGACCAAACAUCUUAUUCGAGCUCGUUCACUUGCGAAUGUCAUUGUAUCGAAUGAAGCCCAACUUACGAAGUUUUCUGCCAACGAGUAG